AUGAUGCAAGAUUCUCUGUGUGGAACAAAGGCGCUCAUCGAUCCAAAAGCCGAGAUCUUCGAGCUGGAUGAUGCUUGUCUCCUCCAGUCCCCGGAUUCGUCAUGGAUGGAUCUCAUGGACGAUCUUCUCGAGCCCGAGAGCCUCCACCAGAUUCUCCCGGAGAGAAGUUUCGAGCAGCUUGGCUUUGACGAGGAGGUGAUCAAGCCGCCACCAUCGUCCGGAGAUGAUCUAGCAUCGAUCGUCGGAAGAACAGCCACACCACCACCAUUGCCACCGAAGUAUGAUCGCAUCUCUGCUGCUGGAUCGUCCAGUUCCUCGCCAUCGCAAGAACACUUUGGUAAUUACAGCGCGGAAUUCGAGCCUUUGUUCCGCGAGCCCAUGUUUAGCAGCGACUCGGGGCUGCUCCAUAAACAAGAAAAUGGCCGCUCCACUUCCAGCUCCUCCAUCUCCAUCUUCACUCACAAGCCCACUGCAGGGACUGCUGGACCAGGAUCCUUCGACACUGCUGCGAGCUCAGGUAAACUCCUCCAAUCCUCUCGGAAGAAUGCAAAAACCAGAUUUUGGCUUGCUAAAUCCUCUCUACAGACUGUUCACGUCGGUGGGCUUCAGCUGAUCCACAUGCUGCUCGGCUGCGGCGAGAAAAUCGACCAAGAAGACUACAUCUACGCUGGAAACCUCCUCCACCAACUCAAGCAGCUCGCCUCUCCAACCGGCGAUUCCAUCCACCGAGUCGCAACUCACUUCACGGACGCUCUUUACGCUCGUCUCAACGGAACCGGCUAUCGAUCCUACACUGCCCUGCGAGCCUACGAUCCAGCAUCUCUGGAAGAAAUCCUGGGAGCUUACCACAUCCUCUACCAAGUCUGCCCCUACAUCAAGUUCGCGCACUUCACCUCAAACCAGGCGAUCUUCGAAGCUUUCGAGGGCGAGCAAAGCGUCCAUAUCAUCGACCUGGAGAUCUUGCAGGGUUAUCAGUGGCCAGCCUUCAUGCAAGCACUCGCAGCCAGGCAAGGAGGAGCUCCACACUUGAGAAUCACGGGUGUGGGAAUGCCGCUCGAGGCAGUCCAGGAAACUGGGAAGCGACUAGCCGACUUAGCCGCCACUCUACGCGUCCCGUUCGAGUAUCACGCCGUCGGGGAGAGGCUCGAGGACUUGCAGUCUCAUAUGUUACACCGGAGACACGGCGAGGCACUGGCAGUGAACUGCAUCGAUCGAUUCCACAGGCUUUUCACCGACGACCAUCUGGUCGUGAAUCCGGUGGUGCGAAUCCUCAGCAUGAUACGCGAGCAAGCGCCGAGGAUCGUGACGCUGGUCGAGCAGGAGGCGAACCACAACACGAACUCGUUCCUCAAGAGGUUUCUCGAGGCGAUGCAUUACUACUCGGCGAUCUUCGACUCGCUCGAGGCGACGCUGCCGCAGGUGAGCCCCGAGAGAGCCAAGGUGGAGCAAGUGGUGUUCUCGUCCGAGAUCAUGAACAUUGUGGCUUGCGAGGGGAGCCAGAGGAUCGUGAGGCACGAGAAGGUGGACAAGUGGUGUAAGAUCAUGGAGAGCAUUGGCUUCUACAACGUAGCACUCAGUCCCAGUGCUGUUCAUCAGUCCAAGCUUCUGCUCAGGCUCUACCAGACGGAUGGAUACACGCUUGUGGAGGACAAGGGCUGCUUGUUACUCGGGUGGCAAGACCGAGCGAUCAUUGGAGCGUCGGCAUGGAGGUGCUAGAGAGGUGCUAGAUCAGAGAGAGAACCAAGCAAAAACGAGAAAACACAGCCUUAGAACCAUUCUUAGUGGAUGUUCAAUCGAAAACACCCACACUAGAGAUAGAGAGGCAUUUGG